AUGCUUAACGAACCCGUAUUGGCCCGCUCAAAAGGCCGUGUUGGCCAGACAAAGUCCAAGAACGGCUGUUUGACUUGCAAGAUUCGUCGAGUAAAAUGCAGCGAAGAGCGGCCGCAGUGCCAUCGCUGCACUAGCACCGGCCGUAAAUGCGAGUACAAAGCUGUCACAGGCCACGAUUUUAGGUCAUGGAGUCGCAAUUCUCCAACUUCCCGGAGCCCGUCAAGUAGCUCGCAGAGUCCGCCGCUGAUUGUUGCGUUGGACUCGCAUCCGCUAGCAGCCAACGGGUCCUCCUUUAGGGGUGGUUGCUCGUUGGAGCUACGAGCGUUUGAGUAUUUCUUUAUGAGGGGGCUUUCGAUCUUUCCGAGAGCGACUGAUAAUCGCUUUUGGAAGACGUGUAUCUUGCAGGCGUGCCACGCGGAGCCUGUUAUUUGGGAUGCAGUGAUAUCGCUCAGUGCUCUCUUCGAGCACCCGCAGUACUCCAAGGAGCCCGUACGUGGCUUGAGAGGCGCUCCACGCAAUAGCCCAGGAACGCCCGCCAAAGACCCGGCCCAUCAGCAAGCGCUGGUGUGGUAUAGCCGGUCAUUGUCAAAGCUAAGAACAAGCCUCGACAAGGGUAUGGUAAACGAUACCGUUCUGCUGGUCAGCUGUAUUCUUUACAUCUGCAUUGAGCUUUUGCAAGAUAAUGUGACCGAAGUCCUCCAGCUCUAUCAUCAUGGAACUGGUAUCAUGUCGAAUCGCAAGGCGGCCUUGAUGGAGGAAUGCGUUGCGCCUUUGUUCUACAAUUUCAGUGCUCUAGCCACCUGCAUGGAUUAUAUCCCCACGGGAGCGGCUGCCCCACAGCUUGAGGCCCUCGAAAUAUCCGACCGUUUCUCGAGUCUGGAAGAAGCCGAAGUUAACUUGCACCGGUUCCUAUCGCGCGGCGUAACCCACAUCCGGGCAUCGGAGCAGGUCCUCCUUUUCGAAGAGAACGUCCCGGCAGAGCGAAUAGCCAAACUCGAAGCCGAAAAGCAGUUCCUUUGGGACGAACUAGCAAAAUGGUACCAGACUUUUUGCGCCAUGGGCUUCACGCUAGAAAGCAACAAUACAACCCCUGCCGAGAAAUACGUAACCGCAAAACUCCUCCAAGCCCAUGCGACAUUCCGUGUCUCGAUAGCGACUUCAAUGGUGCUUUCUGAAAUGAGGAACGAUUCGCUCACAGCCGAGUUUGAGGAUAUUGUGCGUUAUGGACGGUUUGGGAUCGAGGCAACCCGGUAUCCCGAUGGAACGCAGCCGCCGUUUUCGUUGGAGACGAGCAUGGCGCUGCCGAUUUUCGUGUGUGCUACAAAGUGUCGCGACUAUCGUAUUCGUCAUCAAGCUUUGGAGCUGCUACAGGAAGCGCCGCCUGUGCAGGGUCUUUGUAAUGCGGCAACGCAUGCUGUGAUGGCGGCAAAAGUCAUUGCACUUGAGGAAGAAGCUGCUGCUGCUGCUGCAGUAGAAUUGGUUGACGGGGAAAUGUUUAUCCCAGAAGAAUGCAGAAUCUCGCAUUUUUUUAUUAAACCAGGGGAAAGCGAGACUGGUGAGGAUAUGUGGGUUUUGCAGUAUAUGAGAAACGUCCCCCGGGAAGACGGCGGGUAUCAGAUUGUGACGGAUUUGUCGCCUUUUUGA